UUUCGUGUUGCCGUUGGGAAGAGAUUCUUCGGAGGGUCGCCGCCGAUGGAGCGGGCGCCGACUGAGGAUACUGCUUCUGGAAGAAAAACGAUGGGCCACGGUACAAACUUCAUUAGCACUGCUCAUCUUUCAAGAGGCCGCAUAUCCCUCAAGAGAGGCAAUCUGUUUGGUCAUACUCCAGCUAAGAGAAGAAUUUUGCAAACUCCUCGCAUGCAGGAAAAUGCUGAUGCUCGGAUAGGUUUCCUUCUUCGCAAGCAGUUGACCUUAUACAGCGUCACUCCACUAUACAGGUUCUCUUAUGACCGACUGCAGGAAUAUUCCAGACAGCUGUGUUUUGUUAUUGCUGCCGAAAAGCAAAAAGGACUUGCUAUUCACGUUGAAGGUGACCUUAAACUUAAAGUGAAGUUCUCUUCGCUCUCAGUAUUGAAAACCUCAGAAAAGGGACAGGCAGGAGUCCUCAUUCAGGUUACAGCUGAAAAUGCAGGACCCAAAGUGGUGUGGAUUGGCUGCUUCUGCUGUACUUGUGGAGAUGACAUUCUGGAAACAGUCAUGGAAGAUUUUACUUGCUUUCCCUUGUUCCUUGUAAAUGGGGCAGAGAGUCUCUCAGCCAUCAUUGGAACUUGGCUUCAGCAGACUUUUGACUGCUCUUUCAGUCUCUUGACCAUUAGCCCUCUCAACCUUGCUUGGAUGGCCGCAAUGUGGACUGGGUACAAGAUAGAGCAUCACAAAAGAGCAAUGGAGUUGACUUUCUCUGUACCUGGGACUUCUCAACCUCUAGAUAUUUCCUAUGCCAUCCACGCUGAAGAUGCGAAAGCUCUUUGGGAUUCAAUCCAUACCACUCAACAAGAAGUUCGACAAGAACAGGUGAACUUAUUCAUGGAUGGCCUUUGCUAUCAUUUUUAUAGACACUUCAAGAUCUAUCUGUCAGCCACAAGACUGGUGAAAGUCUCUACGUCUGUAGCCUGUGUUCAUUCUGAUGGGAAAAUAAAGAUUCUUCAUUCUGCAUAUCUGAUGGAAAUCCUGGCAUUGAUGACAGAACUGGCAAUUUCACAAAUACUGUGAUGGACUUAUGCUGUUAACUGUCUGGUGUGGAGAUGGCUUGCAGCUUGUAAACUGCUUGAUCUAUAUGGCAUGUAAUAUGGUUCCUUCUCAGAUCUGUAUAUAGUGAAGAAAGUCACAUCCAUAUAGCUUAUUUUGGACUCGGUACACUUGUGUAGGAGUAUCAUGGAGCAGGUGGACUGUACUGUGCAUUUUACAUAUACUUGCCAUUGUAUAAAAAAGAUCUGUGUACCUUACACAUGGCACAUUGUGAUGUAUGUUAUUACUUUGAAUCCCUUUCCACAAUUGCCAUGGUCAUAUGGAGCUUUAAGUAUGGAUUUUGUUACAAGAAGGAAAUAUGACUCUACUAUCAAGUUCCCAUUGUGAAUCUAAAGCGAAUCAUAAUUAGCUCUUCAACCUUGUCAUAGUAGAUGACCAUAAGUGCUCCCAUACAUACAACUGAAACUGGAGGGCUAUAAGGUCUGGUUCAGUAGAGUAUAACUUUUGACUAUUCUUUUAGCCACGAUUUUGCUUUUUAGUGUGAGGCAAGCUUCUCUAAAGGACUCUAGACAUGCCUCGUUGACUUCAGAGUGUUUUAUCUAGAUGAGACAGGAGUGCCACUUGUUGGACUGAAUAUGUUUGUGUAAAGGUGUUGGAAGCUGUUUUUUGGAUUUUAAAAGUAAGAGUAGCACAUGUAUAUAAUAUAUAACCACUGUAGAUUACAUAUUACAGGGUUAGAUUAUCAUGAUCUCAUCCAGUAGAAGACUCUCAUCUGCCAGUAUGAUUGAUCGUCUGCCAAUUUCCCCACUUCAUUCGCCACAUUGUUCCUGUGGGGGACACAGUAGGCUAGAGGGGAAGGCUGGCAAGUUUGCUUCUGUGAGCUAGAUAGGUUUCAUCCCUAAAACUGAACAGAAUUAAAUGAUUAAACUAGCUAUAAAGCCUGACAUUGUUAUGAGUAACUUCCAUUGUACCUGACCUGCCAACCCCUCUUCCUGCUCUGGAAAAAGGAAUGUGCAGGUGAAUGCCAGAUCCUUCUAUAGUUAUCAGAGAAUUACCUGCUGAAGGCUGGCCGAUUGCUAUAUAUCAAAUAUGGCUUUGAAUUAAUCCAGUUGAAUGUAGCCACCCCACUGGGCUCCAUAAAAUGCUGUUUUCUCCUCUGCCACCCUACCAGUGUAAAUAUGUGAGCAAGGGAAACAGCAUCAGUCUAUUCAUGCAUCUCUGUCUGCCGUUAGCUCUCAUCAUGCCAGUAGCUAAUGUUUCUAAUCACUGCCUUAUCUUAUGCUGUUUCCAGGUAGAAUGGGGACAGAUGUGGAGAGAAGCUCCUGGGUAGGUGUGUAUGGAUUGGACUGAAAUCCUACUGUCAUUAUGUGGAAGAAAAGGAAAUGGGAGGAAGGAUAGAGCUGCUAUUUAUCCCUCAAUAACUCAUGUGUUUAGAAGAAUAAGGAUAAAAAGUAGCCCAAAUGGUACCAAACAUCACCAAUAUUAGGUGCAAAGUAGAAAUUGAUAGGCAGGUUUGCACAUGGCAAAACCUACUCCACAACUGAAGUAGAGGCUUCCUACAAAUAUUUACAAUGAGUUGCUAAUGAAACAGCAAUUUAAGCAGAACAAGCAAACAGGGCCAUCCAUCCAUGGCACCUUAAAGACUAGAAAAUGUUUGUGCUAGGAAAAAGACCUCAAGGUGCCAUGGGAUUUCUGUCUUUUUGCUGCAAAAAAAU